AUGCAGGAAGGGCACUUAAAGCCAGUUACAGCCUCCCACAAGGAGGUUCUCCUUAAGAGAAUUAGCCUGGAGCGCAGUGGGGUGGGGAAGGAUGAUCGUCUGUGCUCAAGGGUUUUACAAAAGCAAGACUCUGCAGGAGAUGCUGUCCGUGAAUGUGACUCACAGGGACCAAGUGACACCUUGGUUCCUUCAGGGAAGAGCCUCUACGAAUGCAAAGAAUGCGGGAAAGUGUUUAACAAGAAUUGCCUCCUUGUUCGACAGCAGUGGAUUCACACUGGAGUGGAGCCUUACACGUGCCAGGUGUGUGGGAAGGCCUUUCGUGAAAAGGUCGACUUCGUCCGGCACAGGAGGAUUCACACUGGGCAGAAGCCCCAUAAGUGUGCAGAGUGUGGGAAGGCCUUCAGCCGUAGGUCACAUCUCGCGUACCACCCGCGGAUUCACACUGGCCAGAAGGCCUAUGAGUGCAGGGAAUGUGGAAAGGCCUCUGCCCACCACUCUGCUUUUGUCCAGCAUAAUAAGAUCCGCACUAGAGAAAAAACCUGUGAGUGCAAAUAA